CCGUGUGCUUAACAGGGAACGCAGCUCCUGGCUAAAGACCCGGCCUCCUGUCCCAGCUCUGCCGCUGACAGGCUGUGUGCUGCUGGGCGAGUCCCUUUCUUUCCGGCCUCAUUGUCUUCAUCUGUGAGAGGGAGGCAUGAAUCUCUCAGGGCUUGUGGAAGUCUGCGCUCCUCUGACUGUGGGAAUGGGGGCAGUGGUGGGGUACAGAGAGAGCAGGCUUUCAGGGAACGUGGUGCUCCUCUGCGGGCAGUUUGGCCCCCAGGAGACGUGUGUCCGUAUCUGGAGACACUUCUUGCUGCCACAACUGGAGGGAGCCACUGGCGUCCAGUGGAUAGAGGGCAGAGAUGCCACUGAGGAGCCUGCAGGGCACAAGCAGUUCCCUACGGCACAAAAUUAACCUGCCCUCGAAGUCAGUAGUGCCAAUGAGGAGGAAGCCUGCUCUCGGGAUCAGACCCCAUCUUUGGCCCCUCCGCUUUGCAUCUGUUCCUUCACUUUGCAUUUCCACGUAACCUCAUGUUUGGUGCCCUUCCUGAUCAACCCUCUUUUAAAAAAAUUUUUAUUUAUUUCUUGUUUUUGGCUGUGCUGGGUCUUUGUUGCUGCAAGUGGGCUUUCUCUAGUAGUGGCGAGCGGGAGCUAUUCUAGUUGUGCAUGAACUUCUCGUGGCGGUGGCUUCUCCUGGUUGCAGAGCACAGGCUCUAGGGCAUGUAGUUGUGGUGCAUCGGCUUAGUUGCCCCGUGGUAUGUGAGAUCUUCCCAGACCAAGGGAUGAACCCGUGUCCCCUGCAUUGGCUGGUGGAUUCUUAACCACUGGACCACCAGAGAAGUCCCCCAACCCUCUUGCUGUUGAAGAAAGUGAAGCAAAAGUGAAAGUCACUCAGUCGUGUCCAACUCUUUGCCACCCCAUGGAAUUCUCCAUGCCAGAAUACUGGAGUGGGUAGCCAUUUGCUUCUCCAGGGGAUCUUUCUAACCCAGGGAUCGAACCCAGGUCUCCCACAUUGCAGGUAGAUUCUUUACCAGCUGAGCUACCAGAGAAGCCCAAGAAUACUGGACUGGUAUUCUCCAGUGGAUCUUCCAGACCCAGGAAUGGAACUGGGGUCUCCUGCAUUGCAGGCAGAUUCUUUACCAACUGAGCUCUCAGGAAAGCCCUGCUAUUGAAGAAAUGGAAGUUUAAUUUGCUAAAUUGUGCUGAAAGGAAUUUCCUGGCGGUCCAGCGGUUAGGAAUCCACACUUCCAGUGCCAAGAUCCCAGGUUCUAUACUUGGUUGGGAAACAAAGAUCCCGCAAGGCUGUGAGGUACAGCAAACAACACCAACAAAAAUCAUGCUGAAGUUACUGGCUGAUCUUCAAAUAGACACUGGUAACUUAACUAGCAUAUGAGGAUUCAUUCAGAGAGGCAGAACCACUAGGAGUAUAUAGUCCACCGUCUGUCUAUCUUAUCUCCACGUGGAAUUCAUUACAGGGUCUUGACCUUGCUCAAGUAAUGGCAGCUGGUUAAAGAGUCUCUGAAAGGUUGUCUUCCCGUCUGGUGUUGGAGCUGGACAUCUGAAGGGCAGGUGGUGGGGAAGGGAAGGUGGAUAAAAAGUGAGGGAGGAGGAGCCAGAGCUCACGCAUGGACUGGAACCCCUGCCGGUUCUCACCCCCUCCAGCCUGAUGAAGUGGGUGACCUGCAGGGGCAACUUGCUGGUGGCCUUUGUCAUGCAGCUGAACACACGUGUGGCCCAGGAGUGUGAGACGCUGCAGGAGGAUAUGGGGAAGGUAUAGCAGUCGUCAGCUCAACCGCUGCCCACAGACAGCAAAAGUGCUGCCCCCAACCUCGUCCACCUCCAGUCCUGCAGGGAAAGCUCUCUGGCGGUACACCCUAACUGGAAACAGACAGGAGGAUGCUGGAAAAUGUAGUUCCGCCUAGCCACCCGCACGUGUUGCAAAGCCACAACCAGCAGAUCCCCAUUUUCAAGAACAUGUAAGUAAAGGAUGGAUCUGGAAUCCAAUGCUGGUACAAGUCAACCUAUGCCUCGUUGUGCUGAGCUGGGAGGUUUUGAGCUUCUCUUUCCUUUGGAUCAGGAAACAUCACUUACGACAUUCGAGCGGCUCACCCAAUGUUAUGGGCUUUCCUGGUGGCUCAGCGGUAAAGAAUCUGCUUGCAAGGUAGGAGCCGCAAGAGAUGUGGGUUUGAUCCCUGGGUCAGGGAAGAUCCACUGGAGGAGGGCAUGGCAACCCACUCCAGUAUUCUUGCCUAGAGAAUCCUAUGGACAGAGGAGUUUGGUGGGCUACAGUCCAUGGGGUUGCAAAGAGUCAGACACAAUUGAAACGACUUAGCAUGCGCCACAACCCACUGUUAUGGUCUAAGGAAGGGUUUCUUAGACUUGAGACCUUGUUUGCUCUUCACCUCAAGUGCUGGAGACUUUGCUUUUAAAGAGAUUGAGAGCAAAGUGACCUAAGAGCCCUCCUAUAAAAGGGAUCAGAGAAGCCAGAAUCUAAAGGUUGCAUUUUUUAUGAUUCCAUUCAUGUGAAAUCAAGCCUGAAUAUUCAUUGGAAGGGCUGGUGCUGAAGCUGAAGCUCCAAUACUUUGACCUCCUGAUGUGAAGAGCUGGCUCAUUGGAGGAGACCCUGAUGCUGGGAAAGAUUGAAGGCAAGAAGAGAAGGGGGCGACAGAGGAUGAGAUGGUUGGGUGGCAUCACCGACUCAAUGGACGUGAGUUUAAACGAGCAAACUCCGGGAGAUGGUGAAGGACAGGGAAGCCUGGCGUGCUGCAGUCCCUGGGGUUGCAAAGAGUCAGACACGACUUAACGACUGAACAACAUCCGCUGUUGAUGGGAAAUAGCCAGGAAAGUAGAUGCUGGCUUGGAGAUGGACCUGCUAGAGGAUCUUGAGACCCUGAAGUUUGAGUCUGGGAUUCACGAGGAAGACCACAACUGGCUGUAUUUGCUGGGCCGUUCUCAUGGCCUGAUGAUCACGGCCUGUGCCCACGCAACCUUCUUCUGCAAGCUACUCCAUAAUUUGAGAGAAUCACUCUCCAGAAAAUCAGUACUGGAGAAGCGAACGUCUAAAUGUCGCUUGACUGGGUUGUGUGAAGAAACUCAGGAUGACGACGCGUUAAAGGUGGGCAUCAUCGGAGGCGGCCACCUUGGGAAGCAACUGGCACGCACUCUGCUCCAGCUCGUCCCCAUCCCUGCUGAGAAUCUGCAGAUCUCCACUCGGAGGCCAGAGACCCUGGAUGAAUUCAAGAAGCUGGGAAUCCAGUGCUUUUACCAGAACACUUCUCUGGUUGGAUGGGCCAAUGUGGUAUUCCUCUGCUGCCUGCCAUCCCAGCUGCCUAAUAUCUGCGUAGAAAUUCAAGCCCGGCUUGGGAAAGACUGCAUUGUGUACAGCUUUGUCUCUGCCAUCCCAGUAUCCAGGUUGAAACUCCUACUGAAUCACACUAACAUCUUGCGGCCCCAGUAUCAGUGUGCUGAAGAUCUUGCCCACAUCUGGGGGGCCAAUAAGGAGAUCACCGCUGCUCUCCAAGACCCCGCGAUUCUUCAGGCCACCUGCCCCUACAGCCCUGCUGGGGGAAUAAGCCUCAACAUCAAGUGGCUGGAGGGGAUAUUCUAUGCACUCUUAAACUUCUGCGCAGCAAAGGACAUGCCCCACUCACAAGUGCUGCAGCAUCUGAGCGAGCUGUUCUCCUCCCAGCACCUUGAGGCCUGUAAGGAGGACGAAGCAGCGCCCUUAAAAUUUCAAGCCCAAGAUUUUGUCAGUAAGAUCUAUGCCAAGAACCUGUCUCAGAAACGGCCUUUCCCCUUGUUUGAUCUGACUACUGUGCAACUCAAGGAAACUCCCUUUAGCCAGUAUCUGUCAAACAGCACUACUUUUCAGGACCGCUUUAUCCAUCUAUACUAUGACUCAUUUGGCAUCUCCCUAACCAAAGAACAAGAGCCAGAGGUUUCCACAGGUUCUCCAUCCCAAUAAGAGAAGAGACGUCUCAGGAAUCAUGAAUUUUUCUUCUUCUAAUCAGGUAGUGCUUUGAUUAUUGCAACUGUCAGUGGAAGUCAUGUAUUUGUCUGGUGUUUCCCAUAUGUUAGGCAAUGAGGAAUUACAAAAUUGUACUGAUGGCUCUUUAAAAUCUAGAAUAAAACAAGCAGUUCUUUACAUCAGUAUGUUUGGGUGUGUCUGGCUUUUGGAAGCAACUGAAUGAAACUACAUAA